UGGGGGUUUAAUUAACGUUGGCAAAUAUGAGAACAAAUGAUUGUGCAUUGAAGGAUCUUGUUCUAAUGCACCAGACCUUAUAAAUUUGUGUAUUGCUAUGGUAGAGCUUUUGUGCUACGUGUAAACUUGCCUCACUAUUUCCUUGAAUGCCCUUGGUUGUGGUGAUGUAAAAUUGAAGGAAAUUGUGUAAUGGUUUUGGAAUUCUGCAAGUUUAAAUCAUUCUCGGGUCAUCAAUGGAAAGUCCCAUCAUCUGACGAUAUGCCACCACAUCAGAACAUGGAAAGUGAAAUCAAUGGCGGUGCAGCGAAUGGUGGUAAAUUGUAUCAUCGUAAUGGUUCCCUCAACAACAAUCCGGAGGGAAAGCUGGCAGUUCCAGACAAAAACGAAGAUCUGGAUCAUGUCAAUCUGCAAAAAAGGGUGGGGCUGUUAUCAGCAGUGUGCCUUAUUGUGGGAACAAUGAUCGGGUCAGGAAUCUUUAUCUCCCCAAAGGGUGUGCUGGCAGGAACCGGUUCUGUAGGUCUGAGUCUCCUGGUGUGGGUCGGUUGUGGCUUCAUCAGUCUCUUUGGUGCUUUAUCGUAUGCUGAACUUGGAACAUUAAUCACCAAAUCUGGAGCAGAAUAUGUGUAUCUUAAAGAGGCUUUUGGACCCUUCCAUAAGACCCUGGGACCCAUUCCAGCGUUCUUAUUUGCUUGGACCUCCGUCCUGAUCUUAAAGCCGGCUCUCUUUGGGGUGGUGGCUAUGAGCUUUGCACUGUACACCACAGAACCAUUUUUUGAAUGUGGACCACCAGAUGUCCUUGUAAAAGUUGUCUCCAUUCUGUGUUUAUUAUUUGUAUCGGCCAUCAACUGUUACAGUGUGAAGGUGGCAACAAACGUCCAGAAUUUUUUCACCGCAGCCAAACUGAUUGCUAUUGCUGUCAUUACGAUCGGAGGUUUUUUUAACAUGGGAAAAGGUGAAAUUGAGGAAAUCAGCACCGGCUUUGAGGGAUCCAUUCAGUCGCCAUCCAUUAUAGCUCUAGCUUUUUACGAUGGACUCUGGGCUUAUGAUGGCUGGAACAACCUGAAUUACAUUACUGAAGAAAUUAGAAACCCCAGAAGGAACCUCCCCUUGGCCAUUAUGAUAGGAAUUCCGCUAGUCACUAUCUGUUACCUUUUCACUAACCUCUCCUACCUCACGGUGAUGACGAGGGCAGAGCUACUCCGGUCUACAGCGGUCGCUGCAACUUGGGGAGACAGGGUACUGGGUGUAGCUGCUGUUUUUAUACCUAUAUCAGUGGCCCUGUCCACAUUUGGUGCUGCCAAUGGCUCCUGCUUCACAGGCGGAAGACUGUCAUUUGUAGCUGCUAGGGAGGGUCAUCUACCAAAGGUCCUGUCCUAUGUACAUCUGAAGAAGUUCACACCCCUUCCUUCUCUCCUAGUGUCUACCUGCCUGGCAGUUUUAAUGGUGCUGAUGGGAGACAUCUUUGCUCUGAUUGAUUUCUUCAGCUUCACGGCCUGGAUGUUUUAUGGCAGUACUAUGGCAGCAUUAUUGGUGUUGAGGUACACCAUGAAGGAUGCUGAAAGACCAUACAAGGUGCCCAUUAUACUUCCAAUCACUGUUCUGCUGGUGUCUAUCUAUCUUGUCAUAGCCCCCAUCAUCAACGAUCCCAGGGUGGAAUUUUUAUAUGCCUUCAUCUUUAUCAUGAGUGGCCUGUUCGUUUAUGUCCCAUUUGUAGUGAUGAAGAAAUCGCUACCAUAUACAGACACAGUGACCAAAUUUAUUCAGUUGAUCUUAUGGUGUGCUCCCAGCAAAUAUGACUCCGAGCUUGUUGGAGAUUAGAAACAUUCAUUGAGGUCUAGAAUAUUUAAUUGAAUUUUAACUGUGAUACUGUGCCGUUAUAAUACAUUAAUUGACAUUAUUGUAUUCAUAUGCAUUCAUCAUGUUUAAAUUAUUAUUUUUAAACAUAAUUCACAGUGCAGCAUUUAUAGGAAAAAAUAUUUAUAUUAUUUCAAAAUAUAUAUAAAUUUGUUAUAAAAUUUAUUUUCCCGAUUCAUUUGUAAAUGAAACCAUAUUUUAAAGAUUAUUUAUGAAUUUAUUUCCGUUGUUGCAUAUUCUUUAAAAACUGUUGAUGGCGUUUUCAUUUUAAGGUAUUUUCAUAAUUCCACAUUCGUAGAUGUUAUAACAAACUUACAUUCUGUAUGCAUGUGACGUAAAACUGGGCUUGUAAAGAUUGAAAUUACAAAGCGAUAGUGAUUCAUGGUCAACAUGACAAGUUAUCAUUCUUUGGUAACACCACAUUCCUGAAUGAUUCAAACUGAUGUUGACAGUCUGCCAUUUCAUUGUCACAUACUUCUUUGUGUCACACACACACACACCCCCCUGUUUUCCCUGUGGUACUGUGUGUUUAUAUGAUACAUGUACUUCUUUGUCCCCCCCCCCCCUGUUUUCCCUGUGGUACUGUGUGUUUAUAUGAUACAUGUACUUCUUUGUGUCCCCCCCCCCCCCCUGUUUUCCCUGUGGUACUGUGUGUUUAUAUGAUACAUGUACUUCUUUGCCCCCCCCCCCCCCUCCCCCUGUUUUCCCUGUGGUACUGUGUAUUUAUAUGAUACAUGUACUUCUUUGUGUCCCCCCCCCCCCCCCCCUGUUUUCCCUGUGGUACUGUGUAUUUAUAUGAUACAUGUACCCCUCUUGUUAUUCUGGCCCCUAACGUUUCCAGUGGUACUAGGUGUUCAUUACCUAUCUGACAGGUAUUUCUGGAUGUGCCAAAUAUUACAGCCAUUUGUUAUCUUGACUUACACUGUAAAUAGUCUGACUUUUUACUUCAUAAAGAAUAUUGCAUACUUUUGUAAUGUACAUUUUGCAUUCAUUUUUGUGUUUAAGUUUGCAAAGUCUCCAUAUUUCAUAUUUUAAUGGAAUUUUUUUAACGCACCAUGAGAAAAUGAUAGUAAAUUUGUCCUAUAUGUACAAUGUAAAUACCAUUUGUGUGUUUAUUGAUAACCCUAAAACCAUAUGAAAGAUUACUGUAACACACACUGAGUCUUAUCAAACAUUGAUCACAUAGGUUGUCAUUGACGGUAUAUACACUUGUAUAUACAUACACAAUAUGCACAGUAUACAUGUGAUAUAUGUAUUUGUGGGAAAUUUUCACCACUUUGAUGGAAUUCAGGGUUUUGUUAUAUACAGAUGUAUUAUUUAUUUAUUAUCUAAGUCAGAUGUACAAAAUAGUAUUACUGUAGAGUGGAGAGCAACGUGUUCGUGAAGGACAUUUAUAAUUUAUUUAUAAGAUAUUUAUAAUUUUCGUUUUCAGUAAGAAUGAGAGAGAUGUGGUGUCGUAGAGAGAUGUUGAAUUUUUUUCUGUUUGUCGUAGAGAUGUUGAAUUUUGUUCUGUGUUUCUGUUUGUCUAUCGUGCUUUUAAAUUCAAUUGGAUUAUCUGUUGGUGCAUGUUAAGUUUCAAGAUUGUUUGCUUAAAUGAUCAAAUAUUUAUGCAAAAAAGUGUAAGUACAGAGAUCUCAAUAAAUCAUACUGCAACUUUA